CCGGGCGUCACGUGAUCAGCGGCUCAGCUGACGGAAGAAACACAGGUCAUGUGACACUGAAGCAGUUUGAGGAAGAAACUAUUUACACAGUUUUGUAAACGACAGAUGAAGAGAUGAUGAUGAUGAUGGAGCUCCAGGUUUUGCUGUGUUUGUUUGCUCUGAUCGCUGCUGUUUGCUGUGUGCCGCCCAUCGGAACUCAACCUGAGCAGGUGCACAUCUCAUAUCCAGGUGUGAAGAACUCGAUGUUGGUCACAUGGUCAACUGCUAAUAAAACCGAGAGUAUUGUUGAGUACGGUCUGUGGGGCGAGAAACUCUUCAGUCACACGGCGAAGGGAAACUCGAGCGUGUUUACUGAUGGAGGACUCGAGAAGAGGACGAUGUACAUUCACCGGGUCACACUGACCGAUCUGAUACCAACGGCUUCAUACGUGUAUCACUGCGGCAGCGACGCCGGAUGGAGCGACAUCUUCUACUUCACGUCUCUGAAUGAAAGCGUGAGCUUCAGCCCCAGAUUCGCUCUGUUUGGUGACAUGGGCAACGAAAACCCUCAGUCUCUGAGUCGACUGCAGAAAGAGACGCAGAUGGGGAUGUACGACGUCAUUCUGCACAUCGGGGAUUUUGCGUAUGACAUGCAUGAGGAUAACGGGCGUAUCGGUGAUGAGUUCAUGCGUCAGAUCCAGUCCAUCGCUGCUUACACGCCAUACAUGACCUGUCCUGGAAACCACGAGUGGGCUUAUAACUUCUCCCACUACAAGAGUCGUUUCAGUAUGCCGGGACACACGGAGAAUCUGUGGUACAGCUGGAACGUCGGGCCCGCUCAUAUCAUCUCCUUUUCCACUGAAGUCUAUUUCUAUCUGGAAUACGGCCUGGAUCUGCUGUUUAGACAGUAUGAGUGGUUACAGGCCGAUCUGCAGGAAGCGAACCGUCCUGAGAACCGAGCGCAGCGGCCGUGGAUCAUCACGAUGGGACACAGACCCAUGUACUGCUCCAAUGAUGACGGAGACGACUGCACACACUUCCAGAGCUACGUUCGGCUUGGACGCAAUGACACGAUACCUGUUGCUCCUGGACUGGAGGAUUUAUUCUAUCAGCACGGAGUGGAUCUGGAGCUCUGGGCUCAUGAACACACAUAUGAGAGACUCUGGCCCGUCUACGAUUACAAGGUGUUUAACGGGAGCUCUGAAGAGCCGUAUGUGAAUCCUAAAGCGCCCGUGCACAUAAUCACAGGUUCAGCCGGCUGUCGUGAAAAACACGACGGCUUCAUCCCCAAACCCCGCGACUGGAGCGCGUUCAGAAGCACGGAUUACGGCUACACGCGCAUGCGUCUGAUCAACACCACACACCUGUACCUGGAGCAGGUGUCUGACGACCAGUACGGCAAAGUGAUCGAUCAGAUGACGCUGGUGAAGGAGAAACACGGAGCGGACGCCUGGCGCUGAACAUCACGACGUUAACCCAGUCUACGGUGAGACGCACUUUAAUCAAACAAACGAGGGAAUGAGGAUCAAAUUUGACACUCUCCAGCAGCACAUGCUUUGAGUUCUUCAGACUCUUUACAGACAGAUUUACUAUGCAGGACCAUAUUCUCCUUCAUCUAACAGGUUUCUUCAGGAUCUUCAUUUGGACUGAAUACGGGUUAAAAUGUCUUCUUUGAUCUUUUAAAUGAUCAUAUUUUAUAAAGGAGAUAAAGUACUGUAUGAUUUUUUAAAACAAUGAACUCUGUUGCAAAACCUAGUGAACUUCCUACUUAGUAUUUAAGCGUCACAUAAAGUCUAUAACUUUCUGCUGCCUUCUAAGUGGCCAUUCGCACAUAACACACUUUUACAUUUAAAAACAUAAACACUGGAUUUAAAAACAUUACUUAAAGCCUUUAAAUAAUACGUUAUAAAAGUAGAUUUAAUGCGUUAAUUAUGCCUCAAAAUGCAUAACAUCAUAUGAUCUCAUGGAUAAUUAUAACCACAGUUAUAAUACUUGCCAAUUUCUUUAGAAAGUACAGUGCAUUAAAAAUAAACCUCCAAAUAUCAGAAUGCAUUUUCAGUUAUUUAUGAAAAGAUAUAAUGCAUUACAAUGCACAUUACAUAUUUCUUUAAAAUGCAUUAUAAAUAAAAGGUGUUAAAGGUAAUUUAAGUAAUAUGUUAAAACUUAAAAUGCUUUUUAUACUUAAACAUCUUCAAACUUGAGCAAUGCAUUUUAUAAAACUGUUGCAAAAGACAUAAUUUUUAUUUAGUUUAAAUAAAAACUAAAAUUAAUUUUAAAAAAAUUAAAUAACCAUAUUUUAAAAAAAUACACAACCAAAUGACUAAAAGUUUAAAAUUAAAACAAAAAAUUAAAUAAAUAAAAAAAAAAAUUGAAUAAUAUCAGUGAAUAAAAUACACUGUCAGUGUAUUUACAAAAAAUAAAUAAUGCAAAAGCUGAGCAGUGCAAUGUGAAAUGUUCUGUGUGAAUAAAAAUUGCAAAAAAAAAUUCAUUUAUCAACCAGAUAAAUAGAACCAUAUUAUAAUUCAUUAUGAACUCAUUUAAACUCAAUUAAUUUUUUUUUAUUUUCUGGUCUUUAAAAAUGCUCUCACUGGAUGUUAGCUGCAUGUUCAUGUAACAUUUUUAAAUGUUACUACUAGUUUCAGAACAUUCCGAGAAACAUUUAAAAGUAACAUUCCCAUAAUGUAGCAAAAUGAUAAAAAGUAAUGUUUCCUUAUAGUUAAAAUUUAAAAAAAACAUUAAUAUAUAUAUAUUUAUAUAUAUAUAUAUUGGAUGUUUGAACUAAUUAAUUUUGACCUUUUUUCUUUUUGCUGCUAUUAUUGUAGUGUUGUUUUCUUAACCACAUAUGUGACCCUGAAUCACAAAACCAGUCAUAAAGGUCAAUUUUAGAAUAAAUAGAAAUCUGAAAUCUGACAAAAUGAGCUUUCCAUUGAUGUAUGGUUUGUUAGGAUUGGACAAUAUUUGGCUGAGAUACAACGAUUUGGAAAACAUGAAUCUGAGAGUGCAAAACAAUCAAAAUAUUUAAAAAAAGUUGUCCAAAUGAAGUUCUUAGCAAAGUUUUGAUAUAUUUACGGUAGGAAAUUUACAAAAUAUCUUCAUGGAACAUGAUCUUUACUUAAUAUCCUAAUGAUUUUUGGCAUAAAAGAAAAAUGGCUUAUUUGCUACAAAUACACCCGUGAUACUUUUACUUACUUUUGUGCUCCAGGGUCACAUAUGAAAAACAGAAGUGAUUGGAGUUGUCUAAGAAGUGUGCUGUCUAGGGUUUGGAAGAGAGUGAAUAUGAACACAUGCUGCUGCCUUGAACUUUAAAAUGAGCUUUAAUAAAUUCAUCUUGUGA